AUGGCGUCGAAAGGCGGAAUUGUCGUUUAUGGUAUGACAGAGUCAAUGGCUACUCAACGUGUAUUAGUUGUACUCGUCGAAAAAGGUCUCGACUAUGAAUUGAAAGUAGUUGAUUUGAGGAAUGGUGAACAUUUGACUCCUGAGUAUUUGCAAAAACAACCAUUCGGUACUAUUCCUACAUUUAUCGACGCAGAUGGCUUCAAACUUUACGAAUCACGAGCUAUAUGUCGUUAUUUGGAAGCAAAAUAUAAAGGACGUGGCACUGAAUUAGUUCCAAAAGGCAACAAAGCUCUACGUCUAUUCGAACAAGGUAUAGCAAUUGAAUCAUCAAGUUUUGAUUCAUUAGCUAUUCAAAUUGUCGGCGAAAAAAUUUUCAAAAGAAUGCGUGGCGGCGAACCAGACAUGGCCAAAGUAGCACAACUUCGAAAGGAAUUGAGCGAGAAUUUAGAUGUUUACGAACAAAUUUUAUCCAAGCAGUCAUAUAUAGGUGGAGAGACAUUUACACUUGCCGAUUUAUUCCAUUUACCAUAUGGUACAAUGCUUGUUAAAGCUGGCGAAAGUCAACUAUUCGAGUCUCGACUACAUGUCAAACAAUGGUGGAACAAAAUUUCUAAUCGACCUGCAUGGAAAUCCGUUGCAGCUAUGAAUUAG